AUGGAUCCCAACAUACCGGGGUCUUUCCUGUUUAACAACAGCCUGAACCAAUUCUCCUCGGACUUAAAGACACCUGUGUGUCAGUUCUCAGUGCCCAACUCCUUCUGCAAGCUCAACCCAGGCCUGAACAGCCAGCUGCAGGCAGCGGGCACAGCCCAAGGCAUUAGCAACAUUCUCAGCCGUUCCAUGAUGGGCGCUACAGGCACCACCACCCUGCUCUCUGGAUACCCCACCAUGGGGGGCUUUGGCACUGUGGACCCAGGGGUCUACUACAGCUGUGCAGACUAUAACCCCUCCCUGGGCAGCUUCACCAAGCCUGGCACUGAGUGCCCCAUGAAGGGUCGCAGUGGCAGUUGCUGGGCAGAGAGCGGGUGCGAGUGGAGAGGAGGGAGGCAGCAGUGCACAGACAGUGAUGGGCAUCUAGGAGAUAUGUCAGGCAGGAAGAAGCACACCAGACCUACAUUCAGUGGACAUCAGAUAUUUGCCCUGGAGAAAACCUUUGAGCAGACCAAGUACUUGGCCGGGCCAGAGAGAGCUAGACUGGCCUACUCCCUGGGCAUGACAGAGUCACAAGUCAAGGUGUGGUUCCAGAACCGACGCACCAAGUGGAGGAAGAAGAGUGCCUCAGAGCCUAGCUCCACCCAGGCCACACAGGGUGAGCAGGGAGGGGAGAUUUCGGAGAACGAGGUGGAGGAUGAGGAGUACAACAAGCCUCUGGACCCCGACUCAGACGACGAGAAAAUACGACUGCUGCUGCGUAAACACCGCCGGGCUUUCUCUGUACUCCACCUUGGACCACACCACGUCUGACACACUAACACAAGCGCACACACAAAUCAGAUGUGCAUGUUGUAGCAAGGGGUAUCAUGAAACAAAUCAUUUUGUAGUAUAGACCCACAAUUUAAUAUUCAAGCAUGUUAAAAAAGACACAUUUACAAUACAGUAAGUUUAAGGAGAAAAAGGGGUAAUAGUUCACUUGAACUGUUGCCUUGA